AUGUACGACAUCAACGUCGACACCGCAUCAGGCCCGGCGGUGGUGCGCAUCGGACUGCCGCCCGCCUCCUUGUUGAAAUUCCCCCCGGACGAGCUCCCAACGACCCUCCCGGCGCCUCAACUGGCCGAACCCACCUGGGCUCAACCGUUUAACAUUCCUCCCGCCUUGUACAACCAGCUGCUGGACGUGCGCGUCCCCAUCACCAUCGCCAGCGUCUACGCCGUCUCCGUCGUCCUGGUCAAUCGCAUCAACAAGAGCCGCGGCUACAAGCCCUGGGCCCUCAGCCACACCCGACUCUUCAAACUCUUCGUCAUCCUGCACAAUGUCUUCCUGGCUGUCUACUCCGCCUGGACCUUCGCCGGCAUGUUCCACGCCUUCCGCGACGCCUGGCCCGACCGGAACGACCCCAACGGCCUGGUCGGUGUGACCGAUGCCUUGUGUAAGAUCAACGGCCCCCGAGGAUACGGCAACGCCGCCACCUACGAUCCCUCCAUCAACCAAUGGACCCUGCGCAAUCCCGAGUUCAGUCUGGCCGAAGGAGGCGUGCCUGACCCGACCGACGUCGGUCGCACGUGGAACGGCGGUCUGGCCUACCUGGGCUGGAUCUUCUACCUGUCCAAGUUCUACGAGGUGCUGGAUACCGCCAUCAUUCUCGCCAAGGGCAAGAAGAGCUCGACUCUGCAGACCUACCACCAUGCCGGUGCCAUGAUGUGCAUGUGGGCCGGCAUCCGCUACAUCGCGCCUCCCAUCUGGAUCUUCACCCUGGUCAACUCGGCCAUUCAUGCGAUGAUGUACACCUACUACACUCUCACGGCCCUGCGCAUUCGCGUCCCCCAGCUCAUCAAGCGCUCCUUGACCUCCAUGCAGAUUCUGCAGUUCCUCCUGGGAACCACCAUGGCCGCCUCCUACCUCUUCGUGCACUACACUCUCCCUGCUAACCAGUCCGCGAACGCCGCCUCCGACGUCCAGUCUACCGUCGCUGCUACUGCGGCCGCCGGAGCCGGAGCCGGUCUGGUCCCCUGGUUGAAGCAGGUUGCCCUGCGCGCCGCCGGUGCCGAGGGUAUCGCCGAGAACGUCGGUGCGCCUGAGGCGCCCCGCGCUGCCCAGAACCCCUCCGUCGGGCCCAUGACGACUUGCAUGGACACCAGCGGCCAGGGUUUCGCCAUCUGGCUGAACGUCUCCUACCUACUCCCCCUCACCUAUCUCUUUGUCCGCUUCUUUGUCCGCUCGUACCUGUACCGCAAGGAUCCCAACCCCUGCAACCCGGCGCACAUGAACGCCGCCGAGAAGGCGGGUUUGGACGCUCUGAGGGGUGUCAGCCGCGAAAUCCAGAAGUCGGUGGAGAUGACCGGGGAAACCAGCGAAACCACCGAGGACGAAGCCACCAAGGCUCAAGUGCCGCCACCCUCCGCGAAGAAGCCCCAGGAACCCGUUGUCGCCCAUGACUCUCCCAUCCGCACCCGCGCUUCCGCGAAACAGAAGGCGCGUGCCGCCGCCAGCGAGCCUCAGGGGUUCUCCCCGGUCUCUGCGAAGAAGGGCGCCAGAAAGGUUACUCAGGAUGAGCUGGAGAGCUCUGCCGCCGUCGACCCGAAGGGCAGCAACCCUUUCGAGGUGUUGGAUAGCAACGCAUAG